AUGCGCUCAUUGCCAUGUGAAGAUUUGAAAUCACAUCCAACCCUAGCGAUCACGAGGAUCACGAAACGCAUUUUCCAAACUGAUGAAUUACCACUUAAUUCUGAAGAAAUGUGUAAUAUUUUGAAAGAAGAAAAUUCUCAAAUGACGGUUUAUUUACGCUUUGCGAUCAGAUUAAAUAAUUUACUAGCCAGUUUAUAUUAUAAAUUGGCAAAAAAUACAAAAAAUAAAUCUCAAAAAUCAGAGUUGCUAAAUGAGGCGAUUAGGCAACUAAAUACUGUUUCAUCUGUCAGUGCUCAAAAUCCAAUAACUUGGGUCGUAAAAGGCUUCAUUUACCUUGGUCGAAACGAUCCUGAUGCUGCUUAUUCUGCAUUUAAAAACGCAUUCGGUCUUGCAAACCACAACAUUCCUGCAUUAUUUGGCAUGUAUCUUCGUCAAGAAUAUAAGGAGGCUCUUAAGCUUUAUCAGGAAAUUUUACGAUUGAAACCUGAUCUCUCAGAACCUGAUCCACGUGUUGGUAUUGGUCUCUGCUUCAAUAAGUUACAAAAUUUUGAUGAAGCUAUCGCGGCAUUUGACAGAGCUCUUGAAAGG